UGGUAUCCAAGAAGGUGAAUUGAAUGCUUAAGUAGAUGGUGCGUUUCAUUGGGCAUACGCAGGUUCAUUGAGAAUGGUUCAGGCGGUUGUUCCUCAUAUGGCAACUAGGAAAAAGGGGAAGAUUGUGAAUAUUGGCAGUGUUGCUGCCUUGGCUUUUGGACCUUGGUCAGGCACUUAUACAGCUUCUAAAGCUGCUCUUCAUGCUUUGACAGAUACAUUAAGAUUGGAACUUGGACAUUUUGGAAUUGAUGUUGUGAAUGUUCUACCCGGAGCUAUCAAAUCAAAUAUUGGAGAUUCUGCCAUAGCCAGCUACAACCGCAUGCCUGAAUGGAAAUUGUUCAAGCCUUUUGAAGCAGCAAUCCGAGACAGAGCUUACUUUUCUCAGAAGUCGAAAUCAACUCCCACAGAUGAGUUUGCUAGAAACACUGUAGCUGCUAUUCUUAAGGAGAAACCGCCGGCAUGGUUUACCUAUGGACAUUACUCUACUGUCAUGGCUAUCAUGUAUCAUUUACCAAUCUCUGUUAGAGAUUUUAUUUUGAAGAAAGCAAUGAAAUGCUGAGAUACAGGUUGGUGGUGCAUCUAUGUUUUUCAUGUGUAUGUUGAUGCACAUAGCAUAUACUUUCCAUUUUUAGCAACAGAAGAGGCUGGCUUGUUAGGGCUUGUACUUAAUCCCGUUUUAUGAUCUAGUGAGCCAAGUUUUUUAAUGUAAUAAUCGAAGGGAUGAUAUAAU